AUGUGCUGGGGGCUGUCUGAGCUGCCGCUGCCAGGACUGCCCCUCACCCACCCGUCCGUCUGCCCAUCCUUCUGCCCAUCUGCAGCACCGAUGCAGUGUUCCCCUCUGUCUCCCCCACAGAACCAGGCAGAAGCCCACUACAAAGGCCACAAGCACGCCCGGAGGCUGAAAGCCAUCGAGGCCAUGAAGAGCAAGCAGAAGGCAGUGGGGGCCGUGGGCAGGGACAGCACGGCUGACUUCACCCCCGGUCUGGAGGGCGGUGAGGAUCCCAGCGGUGCAGGGGCGCGGGGGGCUCUGAGGGCAUCCGGCAUCCGUGGUGCUGCGGGUCCUCAGCACUACAGCCAGAAGUGCAGCUGGGGAGCGGGGCACAGCCGCUCUCCGGUGUUUGUGCUGGGAACGAGGAUUACUUCGCUGCCCUCCUUCCGUCGGCGCUUUGGGAGCCCUCCCGAGCAGCGCCAGGAGGAGCAGCGCGCACUGCGAGCGUCCUCUGCCCGCCCCGGGAGGCAGAAACUCAGCGCCCGCGGGGGACGGCGCCGCUCGGAGCUGCCGGCUGAGCGCAGGGCUGCCAGCCCCUGCCACGGCCCUGCCCGUCCCCUCGGAAGAUUAUUAAUACCCGCUCUAUUUUUACCUGGCAGCCGGAGCUCACAAUGCUGCGGGGGAAGAUGCGAGGCAGCCGGCAGAGCUGAGCCUGGGGGCGGCUGCACUGCACGGGGGGGACACGGGGGGGUUCCACCCAAUAUAGCAGCGGAGGGGCAGAGCCAGGGCUCCCCGAAUCCCACACCUGUGCACAAUGGGGACCGUAACCCCCCAUCCUAUUGCAGCACUCCGGUGCUCCCCGUGCCCUGUCUCCACGCACGUGCCAUAUCCACCCGCACUGACGCUGCUCUCCCUCUGCCCCCAGGUCCCUCCGGACACAGCAGCCCCCUCCUCGCAUCGCUGCCGAUCCCCGGGCGGCCGCUGCACUCCCCGCUGGACAUCAAACACUUCCUGACCUUCCGCCUCAACGGCACAUCCCCGCUCAACCUCUUCCCCAACUUCAACACGAUGGACCCGGUGCAGAAGGCUGUGAUCAGCCACACCUUUGGCGUGCCUGCCCCACUCAAGAAGAAGCAGUUCAUCUCCUGCAACAUCUGCCACCUGCGCUUCAACUCUGCGGUAAGUCGGGCUGGGGUGGCCCCGCCGUCCCCUCAGCUCUGCCCUGUGGUGCAUCCCAUGGCUGCAGCUCUCCCUUCUCCCAUUCACAUUUUUGUCUUCCUGCUCCUCAUCAUUUUGUGCAGCUCUGCUCCCUGCUGCCUUACUCCUGCUGUUGGUGCUCCAGCUGUGUCAUCAGCUCAUGCAGUUUCUAUCUGCUCCUUGGGAGCUGGAUGUGCUCUCCCUGUGCUGGCCUCCCAGCGCUCUGACGCACAGGUGGUUUGGGUGGUUUUUUUUCUUCCCUGAAUCCCUUCAUUCAAAGUAAAUCAACCACCUUGAAGAGGGAAGGAAGGAAACGUUCAUUGAUCCCCGCAGUAAUGAAUUGCAUGCAGUUGAUCUUUUGUGGUGAGAACUGAUUACACAGUUGGAAAGGGAAUUCUCAUUCAGAUCCACGCAGCACCUGGAGAAGAGGCUCACAGCAGCGGCUCAGAGCCCCUCUGUGUGUUAAUGGGCAGAUCUGGGGACUGAGCUCUGUGCUGCUGGGCUGGCACUGUGGGUACAGCAGAACAUGCACCGUGCUGUGCUCUGCCCCGGCCUCCAGGACACCCUGAGGGCUCCCAUCCCUGCGAGGAGGGGAUGGUUUGCAGGGAUGGUUUGCAGGGAUGAGUGGAUUCAGAGAGCUCAUUGUCAGCCGUUCUACUCAUCUGUGCUGCUGCUCCAUCGUGUGCAGGACUGGGAAUGAGGCAGAAGGCUCUGGCUGUGGUUCAUCUGCUCGAGCCAGAGCUGCUCCCACGGCACCCAUGGGUGCUGCACCCAGCAGGGAGCACUGAGCUGGCUCUGAGUUCCACUGCUGCGCAUGGAGAGAUGGAGAGAUGUGCACCGUGUGGCUGCGCUGCAUCAGCAGAGCCCCGCUGCGGGCGCUGCUCCUCCAGCCACAGUCAGCUUCUGCCGGCUUAAUUAUUUCGCUUGGCAACCGAGCGGCGCGG